AUGCUGCUGUCCCUUGCACUGCCCAUCCUAGGCCUAUCAACGGUGGCCCUGAUAUUGACCCCGUUGGUCUAUUAUCUUUGGGACCCACAUGGCCUACGGGAGUUCCCCUCGCCAUCUAUUGCUGCCAUCAGCCCUAUCUGUCGUGCCUGGCACAACGUUCGAUUCAAGCACUACGCCGCGGUGCAUGACGCUCAUGAAAGACUCGGGACACAUGUUCGAAUUGCUCCCAACCACAUCUCUAUUCUCGACCCGCGAGCACCACAGCAGAUUUACGGCCAUGGAGCCAACAUGCUCAAGGCCGACUGGUAUGAUGCAGCUGCAGGCCCUCACCGGAACCUGGCAGAUACCCGCGACAAGUCCGAGCAUCAGGCAAAGCGAAAAAUGCUUGCACAUACCUUUGCCGCCAAAACUGUCGUGGCGUUUGAGCCUUUACUGCAAGAGAACCUGUCGAACCUUCUGAAUGUUCUCGAUCGCCACGAGGCUGCAGGUGAAAUGGCCAACAUACGACGUCUCUUGAACUAUAUGUUAAUCGAUAUCUUUGGACAACUGCUCUACGGACACAAGCUCGGCUGUCUUGAGCGAGGGGAUGAUAUCCUUGUUGCAGAGUCAAAGGAUGGCCGUACAUACAAGGCCCCCUUUAUCGACUCCCUUCUGGAUUCAACUGUGAUCAAUAACCUGCUGGCGAUAUUCUCCCAUAUUGCGCCUACUCUCGGGAAAAUAGCACAGUACCACCUGUACAAGAAGAAGGGCGCGGACUGGGACAACAUCGUGUACCACAAUACGAAAAAGCGAUUCGAAACGCCAAAAGCCGAGGAUAAUUUAUUCCAACGCUUACUCCGCGACAGCAAGGGCCAGGACCUCAACCUGCCAUUUGGAGCGAUCUUGGCAGAGUGUUCAUCCAUGAUGAAUGCCGGGACGGAAACAACGACAGCAGCUAUGACCAACACAACCUACUUGCUGUAUAGCCACCCGCCAGUACUGCAGAAGCUCCGUGACGAGAUCAUGGCCGCUGUGCCCGGAAACGAUAUACCGACCUACGCCGUAGUGUCAACGCUGCCAUACCUUCGCGCCUGCAUUGAAGAGUCCCUCCGAGUCCGCCCAGCAAGCUCCUUCGGUCUGCCGCGGAUUGUCCCCAAGGGUGGGAGAGAAAUCUGCGGCCAGUUUAUCCCUGAAGAUGUCAUUGUUUCGGUGCCCACAUACUCCCUUCUGCGGGACCAGACCGUCUUCAAACAGGCAGCCGAGUACAUCCCCGAUCGCUGGCUCACCGAGGAUCCGGAGGAGAAGAAGAGGAUGAUGAACGGCCAUCUCCCGUUUAGCACUGGGCCUCGCGCGUGCAUUGGACGGAACAUCGCCUAUUUUGAACAAACGGUUGUAAUUGCUACUAUUGUGAAGUUCUUUGAUGGAAAGCUAGAGGAGGGUUUCCAGUUAGAGACGCAGGAACGAUUCAACUCGAAUGCGGGUGAUUUGCCCAUGCAGAUGUCUCGUCGCGUUUUUUGA